AGGAAAAAACACUAAAGGGGUAGCUAUGGAGAUGGAGCGUUUUCCUGGCUGCUUUCUUUGACAGGUGUUGAGUGGGGCAAAAGUCUUAAAACAGAAUCCAGCAUGUACGCCAAAGGUAAAGGAGCUGUCGUCCCUUCCGAUAGCCAAGCGAGAGAAAAGUUAGCUUUAUACGUGUAUGAGUAUUUGCUGCAUGUCGGCGCACAGAAAUCUGCACAGACCUUCCUGUCAGAGAUCCGAUGGGAGAAGAACAUCACACUCGGAGAACCACCAGGAUUUCUACACUCAUGGUGGUGUGUAUUCUGGGAUCUGUACUGCGCCGCCCCGGACCGGAGGGAGACAUGUGAACAUUCCAGCGAGGCCAAGGCUUUCCAUGACUAUAGUGCGGCUGCUGCUCCCAGUCCAGUAAUGGGCAACAUGCCACCCAACGACGGCAUGCCAGGAGGACCCAUGCCCCCGGGCUUCUUUCAAGGUCCUCCAGGAUCUCAGCCCUCCCCCCACACGCAGCCUCCCCCACACAACCCUAGUAACCCCAUGAUGGGACCUCAUGGACAGCCCUUUAUGUCUCCACGGUACCCGGGCGGCCCCAGGCCCUCCCUCCGUAUGCCAAAUCAGCCUCCUGGGAGCAUCCCAGGGUCACAGCCCCUCCUGCCAAACAGCUUGGACCCCACUAGACCUCAAGGACAUCCAAACAUGGGAGGUCCAAUGAGAAUGAAUCCCCCUCGAGGCAUGGGAGGCAUGGGUCCACAGAACUACGGCGGAGGGAUGAGACCCCCUCCAAACUCCAUGGGGCCAGGGAUGCCCGGCAUGAACAUGGGCCCCGGUGGAAGAGGUCCAUGGCCAAACCCCAACAGCAACUCAAUAACUUAUUCAUCUUCAUCUCCAGGCAACUACGUGGGCCCUCCUGGGGGAGGCGGCCCACCAGGAACUCCCAUCAUGCCUAGCCCUGGAGAUUCAACAAACUCAAGUGAAAACAUCUACACAAUGAUGAACCCAAUUGGCCCUGGUGGAAAUAGACCUAAUUUCCCAAUGGGACCAGGUCCUGAUGGGCCCAUGGGUGGAAUGGGUGCAAUGGAGCAGCAUCAUAUGAAUGGAUCACUAGGCUCUGGUGACAUGGACGGGUUGCCAAAGAAUUCUCCCAACAACAUGGCGGGCAUGAACAAUCCUCCCGGCACUCCACGGGACGAUGGCGAGAUGGCAGGCAACUUUUUAAACCCAUUCCAAAGUGAAAGUUAUUCACCCAACAUGACGAUGAGUGUGUGAUUUUUUUAUUUUAUUUUUUAUUUUAUUUUAUUUCUUUUUCAUCUCCCCUUAUCCCAAUCUUCCUUUCACCAUCCAACCCUGGUGCGUCUUGCAUUACCCUCCUUCCUCCUCCUCUUCCUCCUCCUCCUUGUGUACGGUGUGCUGUGCCACACAGCCCCUGGGGAUGCCCCUGGACAGCAGGAUUCCCCUCAAGGCCCCCCACCCCAAUGCCUGUAAAAUGGGUGUAAGAACAUGAAGAGGCCGCCACGCAACAGGAUGGGUCUUAUCUUCUUGGCUUCUCAUCGCCUGCCGGGCCUCGACACGGGUCCUAGGACAGCAAGAGCCCCGGAACUGCUCACAGCCUGUCUCUCCUAAAACCCAAAGCCUGCGCCCAUUGGUGGCAUUCAAACCCAGUCCAACUGCCCAUUGCAUCAACCAACGCUCCUAUAAAUCAUGCUGAUCAUAACUUAUGAGGGCAUGCAGUUGUUGACUGACAGAGGUCAAAAAACUCUCAUUCAAAAACUCUUCUCCUUUGACGGGAAUAGUUUAUAAAAAAGGAAAAGAAAAAGAUGAACUGAUAAAGUUAUUUUAGGACAAGAAUGGUUUUCAUUAAAUGUUUGUAUUUUUUGUUUUAUGAUAGUAAUAUUAUUGUUAUAAUUUUCAUAAUUGAUAUUAUUCUACUAAUGUAGUUAUGGUUUCCUUUAAAGGGCACAUUUAAUCUCAGCAGCAGCAUCAACAAUGACAGAAUAAGCACACACUCGAAAAAUGCACAAUGAUUUUCUGUUUACAUGAUUAUAGGUUUUAUUGUUGUUUGUUUUUGCUUUUGUGUCAGUGGGUUUCACUUCUCAUACUUCUCCUUUAAACUUCCUCAGUACCUGUAGCUCGAGUGUUUGCCAUUUAAAUGAUUGUAGCACCAGUUCAAAACUUUGAAGACUGAUUGGGAUAAUCGGAGUAGAAUAUUCCGAGAGGUUUAUAAUCCCGGUUUAAACUAUCCACACAUUACAAACAGGCUGUUCUGGUACAAAGUGUCUGCUGAUGAUGGUAUGUCUUGCUAUCUUGUCUUAAAAAAAAGCCUCAUUCUCACAGCUUUCUAUGUUUAUAUUGUCUAGAAGUGGCUCAGGGGCCAGUUCUCUUUCAGUCACAGACAGAGCAAGAGAGCAUCUCUUCCGUGCAUUUUUGUCUCGUCUGUAAAUAUUACAUAUUUAGCUUGUAUUGUAGUUAUUUUAUUAUUUGUUAUUUACAAGUUGUCUGUGAAUCCCAAAAAAACGUGGUUCCUUCCCUUUCAUCACUGCUGACUCCAAGCGGCAUUGCUUUACCUCCCAGGAUGCAUUCUGGUCUCCUUUUGGACUCUGUAUAUGUUGUGGGACGUCAGAUUCACUCGAGCCUAUUUGGAGCCUAUUUUCUUGCUUCGAGCCGAAGUCAAUGUGGGAUCCACUUUGAGACUGACUGAAUAACUGCAUCCUUGGGGUUCACAUCGACCAGUUCCUUCAGCGAGUCCUGUAUAAACGGGAUAAUGGAUCAGGGUAUUGCUGGGCUGUAGCAGCACUGAUGAUGGGUGCAGAUGAUGCACCUCGAGGGGGGAACUGACCAUGCAGCCUCGUCGGUCUCAAGAAGAGGAACUAUUAUGGGAUACUUUUUUAAAGGAUAUAUGUCCAUUUUUUGUGGCUUGUUUCAGCAGAUUGUUUUUAAUUAAAAACUAUUCAAAUGAAUAAAAGGAAAGCCCAUAGAAUCUGCACACAAAGAGAAGCAUAGUGACAUAUCACGCUAUUUAAUUUGUCUCUCUCUGUACGUUAUGUGCUCUCUGUCACUGUUUCAAAGGGGUUAAUGGUCGCUUGAGGUAUCACACUGCAGCACUUCUGUGUUCAAACCAACAAUAAUUAAAAAACCAUUGUAGCCUCUCUGGGUGAUGGUGAUAUACUUAUCAAUUUUCUGAUAUCAAUGUGAACAGUUUGUACCUAACAGGGACGUCUCCAGGAUUUGGCUGUGGGUUGCCUGGGAAACACUUUUCUCUCAUGUUUUCCUUCGGUGUAGUGACACACGCCUCCCCCUCUUUCCUCCUUAUCCCAUUCCCCAAAACUUCUCCCUCUCUUCUCUUUAAUUUCCUAUUUUUUUGUAAAUACUGUAUAAUGCAUUUUGAUAUCAUUGACAUGUUUUGAUAUGUCAGUCACUACCAAUGAAUACAGCUGAAAGUAAAUUAUAAAUAAAUCUGUCCAUGUUUUUCAUAGAGAACGGAUGCGCUGACUAUUUGGCUCAUGUGGCUAAAAUUUCCAUAAAAAUGUAUAGAAUACAGUUACACAAUAAAUGCAGACUGUAUGCUAAAGAUUUGUAUGUUAGGGAGGAUAGGACAGAGAGAGGACAGGACAGAGAGAAGCAAACAAACUGUGGCGUCCUCGCUCUGCCCUUGUCUCCUUAUAUCUUAGUUCAAUAUUGCUAUUGGCUUUCAAUAAUUAUUUCGAACCAUUUUUCCAAAGGGCAUCGUCUCACAAAAAACAUGUGACCUCUUAUUGCAGUUUUUAUUAUGAAGGAUUUUUAUCGAUUUAAGAAAAACUUUUAAAAAGGUAAAAAUACUUAUGAGAACCUCAUUUUAAAUUAAGAAUAGAUCAAAAAGUAAUUGUGUCUUUUGCUAUUCGCUCCUGUUAUAGCGUUGUAUAGAUUGAAGCUCUCUCACUGAUCCUCUCUCAGUCCUCUGUGUAUAUCGAUCGUUGGCCAUCUCUGUACUUCUAUUGUGAUGUAUAAUACUGUACCAUUAGAAAGAUUUGCUGGUCGGGUGGGGUGGUUAUGUUGAGUCGGGGAGGGAUGGGGGACUCAGGGGAAUGGGAAAUGAAUGACUGUCCUGUACCGUUCAUGGCCCUUUCCGAUGACACGGCAGUAUUCAAUAUGAAGCAGUCUGUCUCUGGGGUUUGCUUUGUAUUUACAUGGUUGGAUAGUUCAGAAACUUGUCUUAGGGACUUAGGUGUCUUGUGUAGGUAAUAAAGAUGUUCUUUGUAUGUUUCUUUAUAUUGUAAAGUUUCUUUAGACUGAAAGAAAAACCGAUAAUUUGCUUAUCAAAAAGAAACAAUGCAUCAAUAAUAAAUGUCAUUUGAUUUUU